GUGCAUUUUUCAUUGCCAAGUACUGUGGUUAAUUGAUUUGAUGUCUAAAUAGCUUUUAUUUCGACAUAACAAUUAAAUUCCACCGUAAGUUUCUAAUCAUUGAUACGUUAUAACCUGUAGAGUCUAUAGUAGCUUUUAUAAGCGUCAACAAUUUUUGUAAAUGAAAUGAGUUGAAACUCAUGUGAUUUAAAAAAAUCUAACAAAAUAAAUAGUGUAAUGUAUAUGAAUGAAUUCCCAAGAAUGGCCUCGUCGAGUAGACGCCGCCAACGUACAAGUGACAAUGAUAAAGAAGAUAGUUCGUCUUCAACGAUUGAGGGAUUUCGUUUACCAAAAGCCAAUCCUGCUAAACAACAAAAGAAAAGCGAAACAAAAAGAAAAUCCGAUCAGUCACGCAAACGUAAAACGAAUACGAACGAUGUAGAAGUCAAAGAUUUCCAGCUGAGUGAUAGAUUACAGCAAGUUCGUCAAUACAUAAGACAGACAUCAAAUAUGUUACGGGUAAUGAAGUCAGCUGUUGUCAACGAAGACGAUGAACGUAUCCUUCAAGUAGAGGAAAUGCUUCAAAGAUUGAAAGAGCAGGAGAGAAAAUAUGUACAAAUGCUGUUUAUUACCAAUUCUAUGGGCGAUCAAUCGUCAGAUUUUGAAUUCGAUAGGCCCAUGAUUGAAAGUGCUCUCGGAAGACACACAGAUACCGAUUAUGAUGAUGAUGGUAUGGAAAAUGGUAUUAGCGCUCUACAAGAGCAAACUAGCUUACUUCGCCAAGUUCUCCAUAGAAGAGAGGAGUUAAGGGCUUUACAGGGGCGCCAGGCUGUAUUGCUCGCGCUUCAGGGAGAAUUAGGCCAAGGAAAUGGAGAUAUGAAUAUAGAUGCUCAGUCUUCAGACGGGACAUCGCAGUCAGACAACGAAAUAGUCUCCCCAACAAAUAAUGCCACUGCAUCGAACAGCUCAAGUUAUGCUGCCGCUGCUCGAUUAAACUAUGUUAGAAAUGUCGGUGACGUUAAAAGCGAUUUCGGUUUAGAAGAAUUGCAAAAUCAAAAAUAUCAUGUUGAAUCUCUACUUAAUCAAUUGCAAUCUCUAAAAGUAUCCCCUGAGCCAAUUGAUAUGGAACGACCACAAAACGUAAGGGCGAGUCACGGAAAGCAAAGUCAAGUACUAAGAGAACAAAGACAAAUACCAGAUCAAAGAGAAGUUCAAGCAAAAAUGAAGAAAUUAGAGGAAGUUAAAAGAAAAUUGAGCGAAUUAAAAGAUUUAGUUCAAUUUUAUCAGGCCGAAGGUGACGAUAGCUUAGCUACUAGCAAUUCUGAAAUCACCUCAACUGGGUUACAGUUCGAAAGGCUUAGGGAUGCCGAAGUAAAGCUGCAGCAAUUAAGGAUGGCCGUUGAAGAAGCUGAAGAUGGUGCUGCUGCCCAAGUAUUGAUAGAUCCUGAUGCAUUCGACGGGGAUGACGAAGAUGACGAAGAUGACGAUGACGAAAUUGAUUCAAUUGAACAAAACGGAAGAGCUGAAAUUAUGGAUCAUCAAGCACACUUAGCUUUUCUUCAGAAUCAACUGCAAUUGCUCAAUGAACACCUAGAACAAGUAGAAAGGUCUAGUCAAUCUACUGGGGUGGCUCAAACUCCUGGUUCCAUCAGUGUAACGUUCCAAGAACCUUUACCUACUGCUAGCAAUGAUGAAAUUUAUGAUAGAAUGCGACAACAAAGAAUUUUACAGGAACAAAUAAGAGAUCAAAAGAAGGCUUUCGAAGAUAUGGUUAGCAAACCGCGAAGGAUUGUCGAUUCAAGAAAUACUAGAUUAGGUCCAACAACUAAUGAUUCGGAGGUAGCCAGUGCAGCGGCAACAUCAGUUCAUAGUGCUGCGGCUGCUACCUGGGGUGGCUCAGAAAAUUCAGGCCGAAGGACAGCAGCGAGUAAUGGUUCUAUUCAUUCCGAUGACACUUUUAUAAUAGGAGGGACUUCAGGCCCAUGUAGACCACCGAAUGAUAAACAAUCAAAAAAGGAGAUAAAGGAACUUAAAAGACGGAUAGAUUCUUUAACUGAGACUGUUAGUAUUCUGCAAAGGACAAAUAACAAUACGGCUAAUGAACAAACAACAGCGACUCUGCAACAGCAACAUGUAUUGUUAGCAAUGCAACACUGUCUGGCGCAAUUGUCACAGCAACAGAGAGAUGUUACAAAAUCUCAAAGUCAUCUAAAUAAGUUAAUUAGCAAUCGAACUUCCAUAGAAAAUCAGAGUAGGACUCAAAAAACCUGGAUGAAAGAUAGAGCCACUUCUGGUAGUAAUACGGCUAUUCAAGAAAAAAUAUAUUCAGAAGUAGCAACGUUAAUAUCUUUCAACGAAAAUCGUCCACAUUUUCUCCUUGAUGCGGUCAGAUAUUUGCAACGGUUAAACACAGAUUUGCUACGUCAAAGAGCUUUAUAUAAUCUUCGAGAUGUUGUAGGAGAGAGUGAAACUUCUUCCGGAAAAUACACUCUUUCAGAAAGUGAUAGAACAUCCACUCCACCUUUUGCUCAUGACUCUCUAGGUGAAACAAUCAUAAAUAGAGAGGAAGUUGCAAAACGUGCAAGGAAUUUCAGAGCAGUAAAGACUGCAGGAUUGGAUACAAAUGCUCUUGAUAACCAAGUCAAAUGUAUCAUGCGGGAAGUUACAGGAGCAAUUCGGGCCCACGCGAAUGAUAUUUGUUCGACUAAGAUGCUGCAGUAUCUAGAACAAGUUGUUCUUCAUUCGGUUAGAAGGUACACAACAAUAGAAUCUCAUUCUAAUACUAUCGAAAAGCAGCUGAGUCGAGUACUACGUGAUUCUCUCACUAAAUACAACUCGAGAGCAGUUCAAGAAUGUUGCGAGGAACUAAUGAUUGAUAUUAGUGAAUUAUUGUUUAAUGAAUUGGCCUUUGCCAGACUUCUUCAUGGUUUGAAUGAGCCCAACAAAAGAAGCUAUACGGAAUCAACUGACGAGGUGGAUGAUGACAUUGAGAGUGAAAUCAUAGGAAGUGCCAUGGAAGAGGAAAAGCUUGAUAGCGAAGCUGAAGCAAUGGAAAGAAAGCGAGAUGAUGAGAUGGCGGAAUUGGUUGAUUCCUAUACAUCUUCUGAUGAAGACGAAGCGAUAGAAAAGAGAGAGGUUGAACUAUCCUAUGCGGAGAGAAAGCCGGUAACUCUAGAUAGUGAAGAAGACGAAGCCGAAGGUAUCGACGAGACUGCUGAGGUUAUUGAGGAAAAUGACACUGCUGUCAGAAGAGAGCAAGAAAUAGGAGAAAUAGAAAUAACAAUCGAUGACAUUCCUAAAGAGGGGUUGAAUGUGUUUGCUAUUAGUGGACUUCCCUUACCGACAACUUCUAUGCUGGCUGGUGAUGGUGACUCACUGCAGAAUCCAAUAGAACUCGUUGAACAGACAAAUUAAUUAUAUAGUUUUAAGUACUUUAGAAAGUUUCACUUUGAGAAAUACUGUUACACACCUUCUGUGAUACACUUUGUAGUGAAUUGUUCUUAUACUCAUUAUGAAUAAACACAUGAAUGCCA